AUGACCUUCGUUUACCCCGUGGGGAUACCGUUCGCACUCGGCUGGUGGCUGUUCCGUCACCGGGUGGACCUGCGCGCGGACGAAGUCGGAAGGAGAUCCAACUCCCGGAUCACCCCGGCCGCCGACCUGUGGGGGCCGUACAGGCCGGAGAGGUACUACUACGAGGUGAUCGAGUGCUUCCGGCGUAUCGCCCUCACCGGCUUCGCGGUCUUCAUCUACCCCGACAGCUCCGCACAGAUCGCGAUCGUUCUGCUCCUCGCGGUCGUCUUCAUGGUGGUGUCCGAGAUCCUGUCGCCCUUCGCCCGGCCCGUCGAGAUGUGGCUCUACCGCGCCGGACACUACGUGGUGUUCGCGAGUAUGUACCUGGCCUUGCUGCUGCGGGUGGAUGUCUCCGACGAGGGAGAUCAGAGCCAAGGGGUGUUCGCCGUCGUAGUUGUGGUUGCCCACGCUUGCAUGGUGCUCGUGGUUCUCGGCCAAGGGCUGCUCAUCUUCAUGGGCUGGGAGGGAAAGACCGACAAAAACGAGCGGCAGACGGUGUUUCCCGCGCCUGCCGAGAGCCGCGCCAGCUUGGCCACCGAUUGGUCCUUCCUCGGAAGCCAAGGCGGUCUCCUCGGAAACGAAAAGGACGGCGGCGGCGGCGGCGACGGCGACGACGACGAUUACGGCGAGGGGAGGGGAGGGGAGGAAGUGAGCACACACAACCCGCUCUAUGCCGAGAGCAACAACGACGGUGGAGGCCGCGAUGGAGGCGGUUUCGGAUACCCCCGGCGGAGACACGCGGGGGCAGGGAGGGAAGAUAACGGGCACGCGGGAGUGUCGGCAGGGGGAGACGCCGAAAACGCAGACGAGGGGGAGGAGGUCAAGGGGGAGGAGGUGGCGGCACCUGCAGCCAAAGAGAGCUUCUUUCCAGUUUCGCCAUCGGGGCCGCGGCGCCAGAUGCCCGAGCAGCAAGCGACGUUCAUGCCGGGCUCGUCGGCCGCGGUAGUAGCAAGGAGGUCGAACCCAACGGGCGGGGCUCAGGAGGGGCACGAGUUGAACGUGUCCGAAGAUUAUUCGGUGGUUCUGUCAGAUGCCGAUUUCGCCGGAACCGCUGCCGCGGACGGCUUUUCUACCAUUUAG